UGCUUUCUUCCUGCAGAUUUCUCAUACAAGGACCUCCUGUCUCCAUCACACUUGGAACUGGUGGCCAACCUCUCAGGCUGCAUGAUGCAUCGUCCACACACCAACUGCUCUGACAUGUGCUACCAUGGAAAGUAUCGCUCCAUUGAUGGAACUUGCAACAACUUGCAGCACCCCAUGUGGGGCGCAUCCCUCACAGGAUUCCGUAGGAUCCUGAAACCCAUCUAUGAGAAUGGCUUCAGCAUGCCAGUUGGUUGGAAGAAGACCAUGAAGUAUUAUGGGUUCCAUAAGCCGAGUGCACGGUUAGUGUCAACACGAAUCAUCAGUACCAAGGAAGUGACACCUGAUGACCGGCUGACCCACAUGGUGAUGCAAUGGGGACAGUUCCUAGAUCAUGAUCUGGAUCAUGCCAUCCCAUCGGUGAGCAGUGAGAGCUGGGAUGGUAUUGACUGCAAGAGGUUUGUUCCUUCCAUCAUACACUGUUCACAUUAAUGGGGACAUGAAAUUGCAGCUG